AUGGAGAGGCGGGUGGCGCGGUCGGCCGGGUGCUGGCCAUUCAGGCCCGAAAGCGGAGGCCGAAAAGAGAGAAACAUCCGAAAAAAAAUCAAGCAGAAGAUUGAGCUGCUGAUGUCAGUUAACUCUGAGAAGUCGUCCUCUUCAGAAAGGCCGGAGCCUCAGCAGAAAGCUCCCUUAGUUCCUCCACCGCCCCCUCCGCCACCCCCGCCGCCCCUGCCGGACCCCACGCCCCCAGAGCCGGAGGAGGAGAUCCUAGGAUCCGACGAUGAGGAGCAGGAGGACCCUGCCGACUACUGCAAAGGUGGCUACCAUCCAGUGAAAAUUGGAGACCUCUUCAAUGGCCGAUACCAUGUCAUUAGGAAGCUAGGAUGGGGACACUUCUCAACCGUCUGGCUGUGCUGGGAUAUGCAGGGGAAAAGAUUUGUUGCAAUGAAAGUUGUAAAAAGUGCCCAGCAUUAUACAGAGACAGCCUUGGAUGAAAUAAAAUUGCUCAAAUGUGUUCGAGAAAGUGAUCCCACUGACCCAAAUAAAGACAUGGUAGUACAGUUAAUUGAUGACUUCAAGAUUUCAGGCAUGAAUGGAAUACAUGUCUGCAUGGUCUUCGAAGUACUCGGCCACCAUCUCCUCAAGUGGAUCAUCAAGUCCAACUACCAAGGCCUCCCAGUUCGUUGUGUGAAGAGUAUCAUUCGGCAGGUCCUUCAGGGGUUAGAUUAUCUGCACAGUAAGUGCAAGAUCAUUCACACUGACAUAAAGCCAGAGAACAUCCUGAUGUGUGUGGAUGACGCGUAUGUGAGAAGAAUGGCAGCCGAGGCCACCGAGUGGCAGAAAGCAGGUGCUCCUCCUCCUUCAGGGUCUGCAGUGAGUACGGCUCCGCAGCAAAAGCCCAUAGGAAAAAUAUCUAAGAACAAAAAGAAAAAACUGAAGAAGAAGCAAAAAAGGCAGGCUGAGUUACUGGAAAAGCGCCUGCAGGAAAUAGAAGAAUUGGAGCGAGAAGCCGAAAGGAAAAUAAUAGAAGAAAACAUCACGUUGGCGGCACCUUCCAAUGAACGGGACGACGGGUAUGGCCCAGAGGGCAAACUCAAAGCUGCCGGCUUAGAGGACGCGGCCGAGGGCGAGCCCACCAACGACAAUGGUGAGGCUGAGGACCAGGAAGAGAAAGAAGACACCGAGAAAGAAAACACUGAGAAAGAUGAAGACGAUGUUGAACAGGAAUUGACCAACACAGACCCUGCGUGGAUAGAAUCCCCCAAAACCAAUGGCCAUAUUGAGAAUGGCCCGUUCUUACUGGAACAGCAGCUGGAUGAUGAAGAUGAAGAAGAAGAAGAUUGCCCAAAUCCCGAGGAAUAUAACCUCGAUGAGCAAAAUGCAGAAAGCGAUUACACGUACAGCAGCUCCUAUGAACAGUUCAACGGUGAAUUGCCAAACGGACGGCAUAAAAUUCCCGAGUCACAGUUUCCGGAGUUUUCCACAUCGUUGUUCUCUGGGCCCUUAGAACCUGUGGCUUGUGGCUCUGCACUUUCCGAGGGAUCCCCACUUACCGAGCCUGAGGAAAGCAGUCCAUCCCACGACAGAAGCCGGACGGUUUCAGCCUCCAGCACUGGAGAUUUGCCAAAAACAAAAACCCGGGCGGCCGACUUGUUGGUGAAUCCCCUGGAUCCGCGGAACGCAGAGAAAAUUAGAGUUAAAAUUGCCGACCUGGGAAAUGCUUGUUGGGUGCAUAAACACUUCACAGAAGACAUCCAGACGCGUCAGUACAGAUCCAUAGAGGUUUUAAUAGGGGCAGGUUACAGUACGCCUGCUGACAUCUGGAGCACAGCGUGUAUGGCAUUUGAGCUGGCAACAGGAGAUUAUUUGUUUGAACCACAUUCCGGGGAAGACUACUCCAGAGAUGAAGACCACAUAGCCCACAUCAUAGAGCUGCUAGGCAGUAUCCCAAGGCACUUUGCUCUGUCUGGAAAAUAUUCUCGGGAAUUCUUCAAUCGCAGAGAUCACAUAGCAUUGAUCAUUGAACUGCUGGGGAAAGUCCCUCGAAAAUACGCUAUGUUGGGGAAAUAUUCCAAGGAGUUUUUCACCAGAAAAGGAGAGCUGCGGCACAUCACCAAGCUGAAGCCCUGGAGCCUCUUUGACGUCCUUGUGGAAAAGUACGGUUGGCCCCACGAAGAUGCUGCACAGUUUACAGAUUUCCUGAUUCCCAUGUUAGAAAUGGUUCCAGAAAAACGAGCCUCAGCUGGCGAAUGCCUUCGGCAUCCUUGGUUGAAUUCUUAGCAGAUUCUACAAAUAGAGCAUUCUGAGCUAGCAAAUGUUUUCCAGUGCAUUGGACCUAAACGGUGACUCUCAUUCUUUAACAGGAUUACAAGUGAGCUGGCUUCAUCCUCAGACCUUUAUUUUGCUUUGAGGUACUGUUGUUUGACAUUUUGCUUUUUGUGCACUGUGAUCCUGGGGAAGGGUAGUCUUUUGUCUUCAGCUUAGUAGUUUACUGACCCACUCUCUUCUGGAAACAAUAACAUGUCUCGAAGCAUUGUUUGUGUCGUGUGACAUUCAAAUGUCAGUUUUUUUGAACGAAAAAUACUUUCCCCCUUGUGUUUUGGCAGGUUUUGUAACUAUUUAUGAAGAAAUAUUUUAGCGGAGUACUAUAUAAUUUACAAUCUUAAGAAAUUAUCAAGUUGGAACCAAGAAAUAGCAAGGAAAUGUACAAUUUUAUCUUCCGCAAAGGGACAUCAUUCCUGUACUAUAGUGUAUGUAAAUGCACCUGUAAAUGUUAAUCUCCAUUAAAUAUGGGAUGGGGACUCAAAUUUCAGAAAA